AUGGAGCUGAACACCAUGGAGGACUUUUCCAAGGCCUUCACCCGAGUCAGUGCUGAGUCCUGUUGGUCCCUCGGCACAACGCACCUGAAGUUCAUGGGUAACGACCUUAGCUUGCAUGUCAGUGGCAUUCUUGCCAUGUCUUCUGGUAGAACGACUAACUUCCGUGAACGAAGCUCUCUGAAUCCAGAGAUCCAGAGCCAUAAUUGUUUUCUAAUUAGUUUCGUUUGCACUGAUUUCACUCUGAAAUAUUUUACAUUUCAAUUCGAUUUUUCUUUUUUAGCUGUAUUUUGGGGUGAUAUUGCCUUAGAUGAUGAAGACUUAAAUAUCUUUCAAAUAGAUAGGACGAUUGAUCUUACACAGAAUCCUUUUGGACAGUUUGGACAUACCACAGGUGGACUUGGAGAUCAUGGUGUAUCAAAGAAACGAGGAGCCCUCUACCAGCUUAUAGACAGGAUCAGAAGAAUCGGCUCUGGCUUGGAGCAAAACAGCACAGUUAAGGGAAAAGUACCUCAAAAAUUCUCAGGGCCAAAUGAGAAAAACCGAGUUCCCAGAGCUGCCACAUCAAGAACUGAGAGAAUCUGGCCUGGAGGUGUUAUUCCUUACGUUAUUGGAGGCAACUUCACUGGCAGCCAGCGAGCCAUGUUCAAGCAGGCCAUGAGACACUGGGAAAAGCACAUGUGUGUGACUUUCAUUGAAAGAAGUGACGAAGAAAGUUAUAUUGUAUUCACCUACAGGCCUUGUGGGUGCUGUUCCUAUGUGGGGCGAAGGGGAAAUGGACCUCAGGCAAUCUCCAUUGGCAAGAACUGUGAUAAAUUUGGAAUUGUUGUUCACGAGUUGGGUCAUGUGAUAGGCUUUUGGCACGAGCACACGCGGCCAGAUCGAGAUAACCAUGUAACCAUCAUAAGAGAAAACAUCCAGCCAGGUCAAGAGUACAAUUUUCUGAAGAUGGAACCCGGUGAAGUGAACUCACUUGGGGAAAGAUACGACUUUGACAGCAUCAUGCACUAUGCCAGGAACACCUUCUCAAGGGGGAUGUUUCUGGAUACGAUUCUCCCCUCCCGCGAUGAUAAUGGCAUACGUCCCGCCAUCGGUCAACGCACGCGUUUAAGUAAAGGAGAUAUUGCACAGGCAAGAAAGCUGUAUCGAUGUCCAGCAUUCACAUUUGGAAAUAUUUCUAGAUCACUAAGGUUGCAGAAGAUUGUUUUAAAUUUCACCACGAUGGACUUAUACAAGAGCAGUCUGUGCUGGUAUGACUACAUUGAAGUGAGAGAUGGGUACUGGAGGAAGUCACCCCUCCUUGGUAGAUUCUGUGGGGACAAAGUGCCAGAAGUUCUCGCCUCUACAGACAGCAGGAUGUGGAUCGAGUUUCGUAGCAGCAGUAAUUGGGUAGGAAAAGGCUUUGCCGCUGUCUAUGAAGCCAUCUGUGGAGGUGAGAUACGGAAAAAUGAAGGGCAGAUUCAGUCUCCGAAUUACCCUGACGACUACAGACCCAUGAAGGAAUGCGUGUGGCGAAUAAUGGUGUCGGAGAGCUACCACGUGGGACUGACCUUUCAGGCUUUUGAGAUUGAAAGACAUGACAACUGUGCCUAUGACUACCUAGAGGUUCGAGAUGGAACCAGCGAAAACAGCCCUUUGAUAGGGCGUUUCUGUGGUUAUGAUAAGCCUGAAGACAUAAGAUCUACCUCCAACACCUUGUGGAUGAAGUUUGUUUCUGACGGAACUGUGAACAAGGCUGGGUUUGCCGCUAACUUCUUUAAAGAGGAAGACGAGUGCGCCAAAGCUGACCGAGGCGGCUGUGAGCAGCGGUGUCUGAACACCCUGGGCAGCUACCAGUGUGCCUGUGAGCCGGGCUACGAGCUGGGGCCGGACAGGAGGAGCUGCGAAGCUGCUUGUGGCGGACUUCUUACCAAGCUUAAUGGCACCAUCACCACCCCAGGAUGGCCCAAAGAGUAUCCUCCUAAUAAAAACUGUGUGUGGCAAGUGGUUGCACCAACCCAGUACAGAAUAUCUAUGAAGUUUGAGUUUUUUGAAUUGGAAGGCAAUGAAGUUUGCAAAUAUGAUUAUGUGGAGAUCUGGAGUGGGCUUUCCUCUGAGGCUAAGUUACACGGCAAGUUCUGUGGAGCUGAAGUGCCCGAAGUGAUCACGUCCCAGUUCAACAACAUGAGAAUCGAGUUCAAGUCUGAUAAUACUGUGUCCAAGAAGGGCUUCAAAGCACAUUUUUUCUCAGGUAUAAGCCUUCACGUGUUGUCUGUGGGUGUUACUGUGUUCCAAGUGGGUUGGGUACAGGGGGCUAAUCUUUAAAGCUUUCUGUAAGGCACAUAGGAUGGACGUUAUUCUGUGUUUCAUAAUUCUUUACUUAAAUGAGGGUAUUAAUAACAGGAUCCCUCAGGAAAUGUGGCCUGCCUCCAAUCAGAGAUUAUUUUAAGAUCUAAGAAAUAGAAACUUUGGUAAAACAACACAAAAAUAUUAAAAGUUUAUAUGGUGACUUUACUGUCUACAAGUAGAUGGGACCAAGGACACCAGACUUUCCAAAAGCAGCAGAUUUUUCAAGGUGAUUUUUCUUUGGUUUUUGAAAAUAUCUCAUUUUAGCAACAUUUCCAUUGUUUUUCUCUUAUAGCAUAUUUCUUCACAUUUUCACUCUCGUUGUUAGGCUCAUGUUAAUAUUAUGCUUUACCUUACUGCUGUAGAAACAAAGCAGGAAGUCUAGAAAUACGCGAGUCCUGAUUUUCUUGAUGACGCAUUAGCGGGUGUGCUUGAGGAUUGCAGUUGUAUGUUUUGAAUUGAAUGUUUUACUUAAGCAACUCAAAGAUCCCCCCCUUAAAGAAGGGACAUUUGAUGAAAUGCUCCCCGAGGUUUACAAAAUUAUAUGGAAAUGUCCGUUAAAAUCCCUUAUUUUCUCAAUCUCAGACUCAUGUUUUAUGAAAACAUUCCUAUGAAACUUCAAAACAGAUAAAAUUGUAAUAAACCUUAGCAUAGCAAACUAUUCUGCAUUUUCAACUGGCGACUGAUUUCAGGCAACGGAAUUGCAAUUAUGUUUUCAUAUCAGGUAAUUUGGAUUGAGUUAAUUCAAAGUCCAUUUAUUCCAGUCCCCAUGUGUUUAAAAAUUAAUGAGAUUUACAAUGCCCAGGGUUUGUUUGGGGUUUUCCGUGUAAUUGAAGUUAAUGGUUCACAAGUGCCACUGAGUGCCAACUCAAACACAAAAGUCCCUUAAAAAUACAGGUUACAGAAAAAUGGAAUGAAAAGAUAAUUCACAUUUUCCGUGAACUUUUUGAAGUCUGCAAAGAUCUCCGUUCCCCAGUUUUUUCCAUUCCAUUCUUCUACGUUUACCUUUAAAAAAGUCUUCUCAUGCUUCCACUUAAAGUUUAUUCUAUUCAAAGCUGAUUUUAAUACCCUUUUUAAAAAAGAUGUAUUUAUUUAUUUGAAAGGCAGAGAUACAGAGAAGGAAGGAGAGAGAGAUCAAUCUUCCAUGUGCUGGUUCACUCUCCAAAUGGCCACAACUGCCAGAGCUGGGCCAGCCCAGGCCAGGGGCCAGGAGCUUCUUUUGUGUCUUCCACGUGGGUGCAGAGGUCCAAGGACUUGGGCCGUCUUCCGCAGCUUUACCUGGUGCAUUAGCAGGAAGCUGGAUUAGAAGUGGAGCAGCCAGGACUUGAACCAGCACCCCUAUGGGAUGCCGGCACUGCAGACCAAGGCUUAACCUUGUACACCACAGUGCCAGCCCCUGAAUACCCUUUCUUAAUGACUGGAAUACUUUCUUAGAUUUUACAAUUUUACAAAUGUGUAUUUUACAAAUUUGAGUGAUCCAUGGCAACAAAGCUACUUACCUUAGAAACCUCUAAAUAUUUAUUUUUAAAGCUGAAAUUAUGAAAUGAACAAAUUUCUUCAUAUUAUUCAAGGUGUUUGGGGUACUUUUCAUUUUACAUGACUGUAGCCAUACAUAUUAUUUAAAAGAUAUUUGCAAGAUGCUGCACAUACUGAGUACAAAAUAUAAAAACAACAUCUAAAAUUCAUUUUCUGAUAUUUUUGAUUGUGGAAAAUUUUCCAAACCAUAAGCAUACCCACAUUCAUUUGUGGCUUUAGAGUCACAUUACUAAAAUAUGAAAUUUGCUUCUUUAAUUCUUGUACUUCAUAUCGAACACACAUGCAGAUAAUGCUGUUCUCCAGGACAGGCGGGAAUCUUAUUUCUGUGCACCUGUGCUUGGUGAAAAGCACUGAGUGCCCUCGUAGUAUCAGAGCUCAUAAUAACUAAUCCGUAAAUCAGGUUCCUGUAUACUGUCAUCUUAGAAAAUCCUCUCCAUUUUUAGCAUUUUUCAGUGCUUUAAGAAGAAAUAUAUAUAAAUCAAUUGCCUGGCCGUAUUUUAUGGCUCUCCUGCCAGUGGUUGGUACAGUGGACAUCUCACCACAAGGUACCGUUCCCCUGAAAAUGGGAGAGCCUGUCUGAGGACAUGAUGCAAUCAGAAUUAUCUUUGGAAAAUGGGAUUUGUGGUGGGGGCCAUUUGACAGUAUUCUCUCAGACAGAGAAGCUACCUCAUUCUAGCAGAAAUGAAGAGGUUUUUUUUUUUUUUUUAAAUUUUUACUAGCUGGGAUUUUUUUCUAAAUAUAGAGGAUUACAGCAUUUCUUCAUGAAUUAAGGCUUGAAAGUCAUAGGGAAAGUAUGAUUACAUUUAUUUUACAGAUGAAAAAACACAGGAUUAGAGAUGUUACAUAGUUUACAGUGGAGUCUGGACUUUGCCUGUAGCUUCUGGAAAUUUGUAUCAUAACUAUCUGGAAUGUUUUUAUUUGAGAAUGUGGCUGGCCAUGACUGAUAAUCUUCAGAUGAGAGCAGACCACACCAGAAAGCUCAGCCAUGUGAUUUUAGAAUUGGGUCUUUGAAUCAUGUGGUAUCAGUUAACCUGGAGGCUGAAUCUCAACUAUAGAGGCAGUCAAUCCAUCACGCUUACCUAAUAGGACCACAAUAACAGCUCUGCUCACGGGGAGACCUGGGUCAGCUUCUCCGGUUGGCAGCACUGCAUGUGUGUUUAUCACCCACGAGUGCCGAGAAGGCAGUAUGUGCUAAGGGCAUGUGGAAUCCUCUGUUCCCCUGCAUUACAAUUGGUCAUCACCAGGUGUGUAACAGCCUUCCUGAUUACUGUGGGCCUUUCUCGUGAAUUAGCAAGCACAAGGGUAGUUUUGGGAAACUACUGACUUUUAAGUUGGUGCAGAAGUCAGAGAGAAAUCUUGUAUAAAUUUUCCCUUUUUACUUUGUAGCUGGACUCCUUGCAGUGGGUGUCAGAAAUGAUCAUGCACUCAAACUAUAGUUUGGCUAACUCCACGUUAGUAACCAGAGCCAAAGCCUGAAAUGGAACCCAAAUGAUUGUAACACAGGUGACACACAAGUGCGCAUA